GCGAGGUGAGCGCAUGUUCUCUGACGCUAGAGGCGAGUUUCAUCGCGCUCCUCCCGCGCUGUCCGUCUCAUCGCAUCAUUACAGCAGCGAACGCGUCGCGUCACGUCGGGAUUCCUGAGGAUUACCCGGCGUGCCCCGCGGGAAAGAUGGCGUUGGACGGGAGAUAAACUUUAUCUGAAAUCAGGAGCAGCGGUUACCUACACCUGUGAUCCGUGGUGACGCCGUUAGCUCCUCGCGGAGAGAUAGCGGCGCGAGGACGCGGGAUCCGCCGUCGCUCCUGAAGGCGCGAGCGGAGAGACUUCAGCGCCGCCAGCGAGGAGGAGGAGAAGAAGAAGAGGAGGAGGAGAAGAAGAAGAAGAAGGGGAGUAGGAGGAGGAGAAGCGGGCAAAGUUUAUUCAGUUUGAGCAAGAGUCAAGACUGAUCUACACCAGGCUCUGGGUUUAACUGCGGAAAAAUCACUAGAGGCAGGUCAUUGAUAGCCUUGAGGUUCACAUGCUGAAUGGUGGAGGAGGAGCGGGAGGAAGAGGAGCGAGACGUGAGCUAGAUUGAGUUUCCUUGGCGACCGGAGGGACCCAUUUGGGGCGAUGACUCUGGAGAAUGCAGCAUGCACCGUUGAGAGCGCUUGGGGCCUGAGGACCUGUGAAUGAGGACGCCGCUGGAACCAACUUCAGUUUCAGGACUUACGGAUGGUGUCUGGACCCACACUGAUCUCCCAGAAUGACGACUGCUGCUCCUGCCCGGAAACCAUACCGAAAGGCACCUCCGCAGCACCGGGAGACGCGCCACACUGUGCCAGUAUUUCGAGAGGAUGUUAGUGGGAGUGCCUUGCCAUCCGCUAACCCUGCGCCGUCAGCCCAGCUUGACCCCUGCCAGGAGUCCUUAUCAGAUGCCGACAGGAUCAAGAUCCUGCAGCAGCAAAAUGAAGACCUCCGUCGCCGGCUCUCCCAGACCACUCAUAAGAUGGAGGCAAUGGAGACGGAGUUUGAAACCGGUCGGCAUUACAUGCAGGCAGAGCUGGGUCGAACCAGAGACGACCUGGAGAAAAUGAGAGACAAGUUCAGAAGACUUCAGAACAGCUACACGGCGUCUCAGAGAGCUAAUCAAGACCUGGAGGAGAAACUUCACGCCCUGCUCCGUAAAGUGGAAAGAGACAAGAAAACCAUGGAUCAAGAGAUAGUGGAGCUCACAAAUAAACUCGUGGAUGCCAAAAACACUAUCGACAAGCUGGAGGAACUGAAUGAGCGGUAUCGGCAAGAUUGCAAUUUGGCUGUGCAGCUGUUGAAGUGCAAUAAAUCGCAUUUCAGGAACCACAAGUUUGCUGAUUUGCCAUAUGAGCUACAGGACAUGGUGAACAAGCACAUGAAGAGUAGCUUGCCUAACAAGACUCAGGGCUCUCAGGGAGCUCAAGCCCAGGAUCCUGACACUCUAAGCUUGACACCUGCAGAUGUAGUGCCCACUUCGGUGAUCGCUCGUGUUCUUGAGAAACCGGAGCCCUUGGUGCUCAACUCAGCCCAGUCUAGCACCAGUGCAGGUCGGCCAGUGGCUGAAGAUGUGUUUGUACACGUGGACAUGACAGGACCCCAAGACGACAAUGGAGGCCGUGAAAAUGGGGGCCCUGUUCAUGCCAGGUCUCCUGUGGGACCUGGCUCUGAUCAGCAGCAUGUAAACGGCAUGUGUCGAAGCCAGGGCAGCCUGGAUGGUCCGAAUGGAGAAGAUGGGGCAGCCCCUUCUUUUGAAAAGUUGAAUCCUUACCCAGCACCUCCACCACCAAAUCCGCUGUACCCUGGUCGCAAAGUGAUUGAGUUCUCUUCUGAUGACAAAGUCAAGAUUCCCAAAAACAGCCCACUGCCCAAUUGCACCUAUGCUACUCGUCAGGCCAUUUCUCUCAGUCUUGUACAGAACGAAGAAGAGGCAGCCGAUCGGCAGCGCACUGUGCCUAGUAGCCCUGCUGUAUCUGAUGGGGGUUGGCGCUCUGGGACCUCCUCAUCUUCUGGUGGAGGGCAUGCUUCUCACCAGUGCACGCAUCCACAGAUGGAUGCUACGGACACCCUCUCCAGUCAUUCAAGUCCCUUUAGCAGCCCCCCUCAACCCCCAAGCGCCUUUGCAAGCUCUGGUAGCUCUGAGGAGGACCUACUGACCAACUGGCAGCGCAUGUUUGUAGAAAGAAUGGCACCAUCCACAGAAGGCUGCCUUGUCAACCGCACGUCCUUCAGCAGUGAGACGGUAAAAGAUCUCCAAAGAAGUCACAAUGGAAAAUCAGGAGUAGGGGCUCUGAGAGGUGCUUACUCUGAUGGUGAGGAGGGAUCCUCAGCCCAGAGCUGGACAGCAAGUAGAGAGUCCAGUUUGGAUACAGACACCAGCAGCAUGGCAGACCUCCGGGCAAAAAAGACACAAUAUGGUGGUGACUUUUUCCAGGAAGAGGGUGAACACCUAUUGAUGGCCCUUGAUCCACUUGAGAAUGAUGGUGCUAGUGGUGAUACUAUGGUCACCAUUGAGAGCAGUCCAGCCUCUGUUAAGUGUCAAGAUAUUGCUGAAGAUGCUGGCUCAGCAGGAAGUUCAGCUGAGGAGCGAGAUAUCCUACCCCAGGACUUUCCUGCCAUUGGCUCAAGGGUCCUAGCUGCCCUUGAGGAGUAUGCAGACCAGCCCCCUGUGACUGGCUCCACACGACCUCUGAAGAGCCCCAAGAGAAUGGGGGUUCAUCAUUUACACCGCAAAGACAGCCUUACCAGAGCUCAAGAGCAUGGAAACUUGCUGGACUGAGACUUCCAGGCUUAUUAUCUUCUCUUCUUUUUUGGUUUGUUUGACCUUGAGUGCUCUUCUUCUUCAAUCGCUUGGCAUAGCAGCACACAACCAACAAGUGGAAGGAAGCGGAUCAGCAUUGCUGUAGUUAUCCCUGAUCAUGCUGCUGUUGCUGAGGCAUCAUUGUAACUCUUCUGUCCUCUCUCUGAGGCAUGGAGCUCUUUUAUCUGUGGAACCUAUAGUAUUGAUGGAAACUGUGGCGAAGUGCCAGCUGCAACUUCAGUCAGUCUGGCUUUGAGUGGAUGGUGCUUCAGAGAUCGUAAAAGAAUCUCAUAGUCUGAAUUACUGAUUUUCACCAGUACAUGACUUUAUUCUGUUUGAUGUGACUUGAUUGAGUGGGCAACAGCAGGAUAUAACCAAACAAUCACACUUCUGAAGGAGAAAGAGUUCUUCAGAGGCAACAAGAUUGAGCAGCAUUAGGAUUGAUCCGUGUGGCACUGUGCGGACAUGGAACAUUUGCUUUUGCCCUCGGGUAGGAGUUUUCUACCCAGAUAAUGACAUCUUUCCAGUAUCCCAGUACAAGUCCUUUGUUGAGAUUGGGAUGCACCAAAUGGCCACAGCUUCACAGAUACCACUGUGUCAGGCAUUCCGCUGGCUGAAGAAGAUUAAAUGUAAUCUAUGAGACUCUCUUGUCAAUUUUCAGUGCCUAACCCUUGCUCUGACAGAGGGGGAUCUCCAACACCCUUUAAAAGACCAUUUUGUCAGCAUAAACUGAGGGGAUCCUUCACCUCAAUUUUUCAGUUACCUCUCUUUAUUGAUCUACCAUUGUAUUUCAACACCCAACCUAAAGACCGCUUUUAUACUUGAUUUGAAUUAUGAAAGAUUUUUGAUUUUGAUGUAUUCAGUUAAGUAUAUGUUUUAACGAUCAAGAACUUGGAUGUACUUCCUGAUUUUCAUUCUCACCUGUUUGACUAAUGGUAUUUUAAACUGAUUUUGAUUUUAAGUAAAUAUCUAGAGGUUUUUUUGUGUAUUUAUUUCUCUUUUGCUGGUCUAAAGUGUCCCAUUACUUCCAUCAAAGCAGUUAAGCACUUGCAGAAGUGUAUAAGAAGUGCUCAGGUUACUGAAUCCUGUCAUGAAAUUAUAUACAUGGUAUUCAAUCCCUUACAUUUUUACACAGUAGUUGUUACACAGUACUACAACAGAAAUGCAACCAGUGCUGUAUUGGCAUUUUAAAUAUUAAUCUGGAAAAGGUUUAUAUAUAUAUAUAAAUUCUCUACAAGUAAGGCUAAAACAUUUAUAUGUGUCAUUGGUAUUUCAUGUAUUUCAAUUUAGAGCGGUGUUAAUGUGUCCCCUCGCUGCUGAUGGCUGGCAGGGCACAUUAACAUUUCAAAAACUAUGCAUAUAGUACUGUAUAAAAUCACCACAAAAAGUAUUCUGUCUGUUAUGAUUACAUUACUGACGACUUUAAAAAUAAAUAAAAACAAGCUAAAAAGCCGAGAUUCAGCCAGAAACAUGCCUUUGUUGGAGAGCGGCACUGACAAGAACACAUUAUUUAGAUGAUUUCUGCUUAAACCCUGAUUUUAAGAAAAGCCAUGUUUUGAUCUUAACGAAUGUAAUCAUCUUUAUGCAGCAUCUGUUUUCAGCGAUUCCUUUAUUAUUCUUUAGCCGAUCGUACUGUUGUAUGUAUUUUAAGGGGAAUGUGCAUCAUUUGGUUCAUUUUUCUGUGUGUAUUUUUGUGUGGACAUCUAAUUUCUCAUGUUUAUGGAUGAUCAGUCUGUCCAGAAGAUACUUUCUACACGUUUUGUUUUUCUUCUUCGGUCAUUUCAAGUCUUGUUCAAAUAGCAUUUUAACAUUUAUCAGCUUUUUUCAAACGUUGAGUUUCAAAUGCAACAACUACAAGCAUCCUCAUUUUCUUUUUUUGAUAUAUUUUAGAGACGAUUAAACUCUGUGUUGCCUUUUUAAGUGCUUGCUUUGUGUUCUUUUUAUUUCUAAUUAGUUUUAGUCUGUUGACCAGUCAUUAUCCAGAUGUCCCACCCUGGGUCAAGUACUUCCUGCAGUAGUGUACUUUUAAAAAUCGCCAUUCUCUCCACCCAUAGUGACAUUUGCCCUACUGGUGAUACACAUACGAGAGAGUAUGAUUUUUGGGGUUUGUCUCUUAUUUAUGAACAUAUCAUCGAAUCGGAAGGUACAGCAGCAUGUAUUACUUUUUAACAGUAAUCCUAGAAGGACAUCAGACUUUUGUAAAAUGCUUGCUGUAUAUAUAUUCACCUCAUAGCUGGUCUGCCACAGCACUCCUUGCCUUGAAUAAUUCAGCUAUAUGUAACUCAGUGAAGGACAGAAUGUGCGAUCGAAGUCUACAGUUACUCUUCUGUGGUCUUCGUAUGUAGUUAUUGGUCUUGCUCUCCAAUAUAUUGGACUACCAUUAAUAGCCCAUGAUUAAUUGAAGUGUAACUACCCACCAUGCUGAAUAAUUAAUAUUUUAUCAUGUUCUAAAAUAGUUCUGUGAUGCUUUAAAGCGGCAGAGUACACCCGUGGGGGUCUCGCAUGACGAAAUGGACUCUCUUAAAUAUUUCAGUCUUGUCAGAUGUUACAUGGGUCAUGCAAAUAAAUACAAAAAAGACAGGACAAUGGUCAGGAUGUGCAAUACACCGAGUGCAUAAAUAAGCCUUUCUCCUCUGCUCUCAUGCAACUUUAAUAACUCAAAUUUAAUCGUACGCAUAAGAGACGUGCACAUCUUCUGUAAUCCAAGGUGACCCUCUGGCAGGCUGUGCACAAGUCAUGCUGAAAUCAUAGAGAAUAAAAAAAAAAAAGUCAAGGUUAUCCUCCAACCAUCACUCCUCUGUCUUCUACUGUACCCAAAGCUGACGUCUCAGUGAUGGAAAAGAGCAUUCAAUUCAUGUUAUCUUCUUUGGGUUUCUUUUUCCAUCUUGUCAAUAACGUGAUAUUUAGCACCUGGAAUGUGAUUUUUACCAGGGGAGGAACACCAAAAAAAAAUUAUUUUACCCCUGGAAUGCAAUUUUACCGGGGUUCGUCCAUGAAAAGCAAUUGGGCUAGUUUUUUGCUAGCUUUGAGUAGAAAUUGGGCGGGUUUUGCUGUGAAGACCUGGCAACCCUGUCGACCCAAUCAAUUCCUGAAUGGCAAAAUGAAGUUCUGCCCUAAUUUUUGUCGUUUUAUAUCCUGUUUUUCUUGAAAAUGUGUAACAUCAUGCAAGUAAAAUGAGUUUGUCCUUGCAGUUCUUUGAGAAAUCUGGAUUCUGCUUUGUUGGUUGUGAUUCAUUGACUUUAUUUUGUUAAACCUCUGCAUUGUUUUUGAUGUUUCAAUUGUUGGAGUUUAAGUUUUGUGAUACUUGAUCUUGUUGUCCUGAUGCUUUAACAUGGUGGUGGAAUUUCAUACGAUUAUAAGGGGAUUUUCUAAGGGUGCAAAAACCAAUUUCAUGUUGAUGUUUGCUCACUCAAUCCCAUUUCAGAUUGCUUGUCCAUAAUUCCUCAGACAGGUUUCUGGUGCACACAUUGUCUGCCAGUCUUACAUGUCUUAAAACUGUAGCAACAUGGUGCUUUUUUCCUUGUCAUACAUUAGUUUUGUCAUUUUCACCAUGGUUAAAAAUUUAUUUAGAUUUUUACUUGAUCAGGUAAAGCUUCCAUGGUUGUGUAGAUGUACCAUGCACAGAUUUUUCCCCUAAAAAAAACAAAAUUCUUAUGACUGGAUUAAUUUUAUUUUCUGAAUUUGUAAACUGAUGUAUAUUUUAAAACAAAUAAAGCUAUUUUAAACAACCGUU